AUGAGCCGCUCGGGCUCCGGCACCUUCUGCUGGGUCUCGCCUCGAACGGCCACCCUAGCGAUUGCAAUGCUCGGUAUCAUCAUUCAUCUCAACACCUACUCAUGGCUGGGUUCGCUGAGUGCAUCGUUGCCUGAUGUGCCGGAGAGAGGGUCAGGGCAGGCACCUCCAGCUUCAGCCGCCUUCGUUCCCUCUGCAGACAGGUUCUCCCAUUCCGCAGCCAAGUUCGACCGACUCAUCGAUCUCGCAGCCGCAGUAGACUCGGAAGGUUCGGCGAACAAGAACGUUUAUCUCCCCGAAUGGGUUGCUGAAGCCAAAGCAUAUCUCAAAGCACAAGGUCUGUCGUUUGUUCCACGGCAAGGCGAGCCACACGCCGAAUCACUUCCAAACCCUGUAGGCAGUGUCAAAGCCAAAGACGUUGUUCCAGACCGUCGUUUCGAGGCACCAGAUCCAACCUCGGCAUCCUUCCACUACCUCGAUGACGGGGCAGAAGACAUCGAGCGCAUGCAGUGGCACGCGCUCCGCCUGGUGAUCCGCACGCUGCGGUGGUACAUCCUGCUCAGCGUCGUCUGUUGCUGUGCGGGCGUAGUCGGUGUCCUGCGCUCCAACCUGCUGCUAUCGCGGCUGUUUGUGGUCCACUCCUUUCUCGACUUUCUACUGUCGACGCUGUCGCUGCUGGCGUUGGCGAUCGUGUGCACCUACCCGACGGUCCGGGCGCACGUGUGUGACGAGUUCGGCUCAGGCGAGCUCCAGGCGUGGCUCUCCCUCCCGAGAGCCGCUGCCCUCCCACAAUCACCCUCUAGUCCGACGCAGAGCAGCGGCGGAGCAGGCUCGCCGGACGUGACACUCACAGCGCCCGGCUGGGAGGCCAUGCUCGAUGGCGUAUUCGCGUCCGAAAACUGCGAAGAGAGCUUCCGAACCACGCUCGUACCCCUGCUCAUGGCAUUCGGGCUGUUCUUCACCGCGGUGAGGCUGCAGUGCUUCUUCCUCGUACAAAGGUUCUACGCGACGCUGUUGAGGAGUAAGGUGUACGGCUAUGGCUAUGCUUCGACUGAGUCGGGACUUUCGACUCCCGGCGAGGGUGGGAGAGACAGAAUAUGGAAAGAGUCCAAGUUGAGGGACUAG